UCAUUUAGCAAAGUAACACAAAAAUUAGAAAUCAGAAACACAAAAAAUAAAGCUAGGGUUUCGUCGCUUCUCUCUCUCUGGUUUGGCGACUCAGGGCAAAGCACAACUGUAAGACGAUCAUUGUAAGCCCCGCCAGCCAGUCGUCAUGGUUCUCAAGACGGAACUUUGCCGCUUUAGUGGUGCAAAGAUAUACCCUGGAAGGGGUAUCAGGUUUGUUCGUUCAGAUUCUCAGGUAUUCCUUUUUGUCAAUUCAAAAUGUAAAAGGUACUUCCACAACCGUCUGAAGCCUGCAAAGCUCUGCUGGACUGCCGUUUAUCGGAAACAACAUAAGAAGGAUAUCUCUGCUGAAGCUGUGAAGAAGAGGAGAAGGGCCACAAAGAAGCCUUAUUCAAGGUCUAUUGUUGGUGCUACAUUGGAAGUUAUUCAGAAGAAAAGAACCGAAAAGCCUGAAGUUAGAGAUGCUGCAAGGGAGGCUGCUCUGCGUGAGAUCAAGGAAAGAAUCAAGAAGACCAAGGAUGAAAAGAGAUCCAAGAAACAGGAAGUGUCCAAGGCACAGAAAACCCAGGGUAAAGGUGCUUCCAAGGGAGCAGCUCCAAGGGGCCCAAAGAUUGGUGGUGGAGGUGGAAAGCGAUAAACUACUCUUCAUAUACUACCAUAGGACAAUUUACUGUUGAAGGGAGGAAUUUUUUUUGCAUGUCAACCUAUUUGUAUUUUAGUAGUAAAAUUCUAAUGCUAGAGGGUGUUGAGUGAAAUGAAUGUUGUGUACUCAAUUUUGUUACUCGUAGAUUUUAUUACAUGCAGCGAAAGCCUUGUUAUA